AUGACCAACCUGUCUGACAUCGUGACGGCAAGGCCCGUACCGUGGGAAAAGACAGCGGCCUUGAUUGCUACUAUUUCUCUGCCUACCUCGCCUCUCUCCCAACGGUACCUGGUAGCCUCUCCGUAUGUGGAGCAGGAACACCUCCUCGAUCUGGAGACGCUGGACAUGGAGAGCCAGAUCCUGAGUGAGGCCUUAGCGGGGAUGGCGCCAGUGCGGGACGACUAUGCCACUGCAUCCUACGACGAGGCGUUCAACUGGGACGAGGUGAUCCUGCGCAUGCGAGAGCUGGCGAUGGCAAGACGGCAUGCCUUUAGGAAAACUUCCUGGUAUAUUGUCGCCUUUCGAUCGCAGAUCAAAGUUACCACCGUGUACCCAGAUUUGGGGGCACUCGACAAGGCGGCGCACGCAGAGGCCAUGGCUAGUGGCGGAUUCCUGAAGUACUGGUUCGGCACUCCCAAUGAGGACCUGCGCAAUCUGGCGACCUGUAUCUGGAGAUCGCAGGAGGACGCUAAGAAGGGAAGCGUUGGGCCAGAUCAUCGGCGGGCGGCAGGGGCAGCGCGAUCGAUGUACUCGGAAUGGAAGAUUGACCAGCAUCGACUUAUCAUCGAUGACGGUGUGAACAACUGGAAGAUUGUCAAAUGGACGUAG